CUCGUCUUUAAAGUACACAGACAGAGCGAAAUGUUGUAGUGUGCAGCAGAAGUGUGGAAGAGUGAGAGCCAAAGAGAGCGUUGUCAUCGGCGAGCAUCCAGCAUGGCGGACUCCAAUGUUCUUUUAUUUUUCUUCUUUCUGUGUCUCGGCGGUGUCAGCGGCGCGGCCACCCCCCCUUGCCCGCCGUGCCAGAAUGCCCUGUGCCCGGAGCCGCCAGAUGCCUGCCGCUACGGGGCUGUGAAGGACGCCUGCUCUUGCUGCUCCGUGUGCGCCAAGGGCCCGGGCGAACUCUGCAGCCUCCCGGCCUCUCCUUGUGCCAGCGACCUGUCCUGCCAACUCGGAAUCUGCCUGCCCGACUUCGAGGUCCUGAGUCGCUUCAUCCGAGCCGCCGACCCUCAGACCUUCGACCCGGACCGCACCCAGAGGCACGACCACCUGCACGACCACGAGCCCCAGGACCCCGACCACGCGCGCGACAAUGACUCUUUGCAUGACCAUACUCGGGAGCUCGGGCAGUGAGGCUCAAGAUAAUGUUUAGUCUUAUUUUGGUGAUUCUAUGAUGAUGUUUAGGUUUAUAUGGUAAUGUUUAGUUGUUGUUUUUUCUUAUGAUGAUGUUUAGCUUUUUAUGAAGAUGAUAAUUUUAGCAUUUUAUGAAGAUGAUAAUUUUAGCUUUUUAUGAAGAUGAUAAUUUUAGCAUUUUAUGAAGAUAAUUUUAGCAUUUUAUGAAGAUUAUAAUUUUAGCUUUUACGAUAAUGUUUAGUUGUUUUUUAUGAUGAUGUUUCUUUUUUUAAGAUGAUAAUAUUUAGUUUUAUUUAUGAUGAUGGUUACGUUUGGAGGCUUUAUCUGCAGCGUCCUUAUCUGCAAUUUCUUGCAAGUAGUUGAUUUUUUUUGUUGCUGAAUAGGUAAAAUGCCCAUUACUUCUUGUAUUUUAUUUUGUAACUCGUCAUUUGGUCAUUUAAAGAGUGCUUAAAAGAUAUUGUAUAAUAAAACGCACGUGAAAAUGGUAUAAGAAUAUACGGAAAGGUAUAACAUUUAUUUUUAGGCUCAAAAGAACCAGUAAAAUGCAAUAUAAUUGACAUCAAAGGCAGCAUUGAUAGAGGAGGGAUACAUAAUCGUUCGAACUCCUUUACGUGACUUACAUUUAUCUUUAAAUUAGUAAGAGUCUGUUUAUGAUUAUAUUUUGAUAAGAAACAAAAAUAUAUAUGAAUAGUAAAAAUAAUACUUGUGUUUUUGAGAUUUAUCAAAAGACAGAUAAAUUGAUAAACACUGUGGAAGUGAACAAGCCACAGCCUGAUGGUGAAUGCAUUCGAAUGUGUGAUCCAUCAAAUAAAGCUUCACAAAUACGAAAA